AUCCUCUCUCUCACUCCCUUUAAACCCUCUCUUUUGCAAUCAGGGUUUUUCUACAAGAAACCCUCACUCUCUUUGCGUCUCUCAAAUCUCUCAUCUUUUUGUUCAACCCAACAAACCCAUAUACACAAAUCACACAAAUAAUCUAUAUCUCUUAUCAAAAUCCUAUUUUAGGAGUUUCUUUAUCUAACUCUGUUCUUAGGGUUUUAUUCAUGGCUCCUGUACUGAGCAGAAGCUUGACUUCUGCUUCUGUGGCUUCUCUUCCUUCCUAUUCAUCUUCAUUUUCAUUGAAAAACAACAGUAAAGUCUGUAACCUCAAGAGGAGUUCUUUGUUACCCCAAAAUGGUCUCAGAAAUAGCUUUUCUAGGUCUGCUCUGAAGUGGAAGCUAGAGAGGAGAGAGAGAGGAUUUGUGGUUCGCUGUGAGGCCGCUGUUGCUGAUAAAGAAGAAGCUCCCGAGACCUCCGGUGAGCAAUACGAGUACCAAGCCGAGGUCAGCCGCUUGUUGGAUUUGAUAGUUCAUAGUCUAUACAGCCACAAGGAAGUGUUUCUUAGAGAGAUAGUGAGUAAUGCAAGCGAUGCUCUUGAUAAAUUGAGAUUUUUAAGUGUGACUGACCCUUCUUUACUUGGGAAUGCUGGGGAGCUAGAGAUUCGCAUUAAACCCGACCCAGAAAAUGGAACCGUCACUAUAACGGAUACUGGUAUUGGGAUGACCAAAGAGGAGCUCAUAGACUGCCUUGGAACUAUUGCUCAGAGUGGUACUUCGAAAUUCUUGAAGGCUCUUAAGGAAAAUAAGGAUCUUGGAGCUGACAAUGGUUUAAUUGGUCAAUUUGGUGUUGGGUUCUAUUCAGCAUUUUUGGUUGCUGAAAAGGUGGUGGUCUCUACAAAGAGUCCAAGGUCAGACAAGCAAUAUGUCUGGGAGGCUGUAGCUGACAGUAGCUCGUAUGUGAUUAGGGAAGAAACUGAUCCUGAAAAGCUCCUUCCCCGUGGAACUCAAAUUACGCUUUAUUUAAGGCCGGAUGACAAAUAUGAAUUCUCAGAGCCAACCAGAAUACAGAGUUUGGUGAAGAAUUACUCACAGUUUGUUUCAUUUCCCAUCUAUACGUGGCAAGAAAAGUCAAGGACUGUUGAGGUGGAAGAGGAGGAAGAGCCAAAAGAGGGAGAGGAAACCAAACCAGAGGGUGAAAAGAAAAAGACUAAGAAGACUAAAACUGAGAAAUAUUGGGACUGGGAGUUGGCCAAUGAAACUAAACCUAUAUGGAUGCGGAAUCACAAGGAAGUUGAAAAGGAUGAAUACAAUGAAUUCUACAAAAAGACUUUUAAUGAGUUUUUGGAUCCGCUUGCAUACACUCACUUCAACACAGAGGGUGAGGUGGAGUUCAGAAGUGUUCUCUACAUUCCUGGCAUGGCACCUCUUAACAAUGAAGAUGUUGUGAAUCCCAAAACAAAGAACAUACGGUUGUAUGUGAAGCGUGUAUUUAUUUCAGAUGAUUUUGAUGGUGAACUGUUUCCACGAUACUUGAGCUUUGUGAAGGGUGUGGUGGAUUCAAAUGACCUUCCUCUUAAUGUGUCUCGGGAGAUCCUUCAAGAAAGCCGAAUUGUAAGAAUAAUGAGAAAGAGGCUUGUCAGGAAAACAUUUGACAUGAUUCAAGAUAUCUCUGAAAGUGAAAAUAAAGAGGAUUACAAAAAAUUCUGGGAGAACUUUGGAAGGUUUCUAAAGCUAGGAUGCAUUGAAGAUUCUGGGAACCACAAGCGCUUAACACCUCUCCUGCGAUUCUUUUCUUCUAAAAGCGAGGAGGAUUUAAUAAGCUUGGAUGAUUAUGUUGAAAAUAUGGGUGAAAACCAAAAAGCUAUCUAUUAUUUGGCAACAGACAGCUUGAAAAGUGCCAAGACUGCUCCAUUCUUGGAGAAGCUUCUUCAAAAGGACAUUGAGGUUCUAUAUCUAGUUGAGCCUAUUGAUGAAGUUUCCAUCCAGAAUCUGCAAACCUAUAAAGAAAAGAAAUUUGUUGACAUUAGCAAGGAAGAUUUAGAGCUUGGUGAUGAGGAUGAGGUCAAAGAAAGGGAAACUAAAGAAGAGUACAAUCUUCUUUGUGAUUGGAUAAAGCAGCAGCUUGGUGAGAAGGUGGCAAAGGUCCAAGUUUCAAAGCGUCUUAGCUCGUCCCCCUGUGUUCUUGUUUCUGGCAAGUUUGGAUGGUCAGCUAAUAUGGAAAGGUUGAUGAAAGCACAGACUCUAGGAGACACUUCAAGCUUGGAGUUCAUGAGAGGAAGGAGGAUAUUGGAAAUUAAUCCUGAUCACCCUAUCAUUAAGGACUUAAAUGCUGCAUGCAAAAACGCACCCGAUAGUACUGAUGCCAAGAGAGCGUUAGACCUCUUAUACGACACAGCAUUGAUCUCCAGUGGAUUCACACCUGAUAGUCCAGCUGAGUUGGGUAACAAGAUAUACGAGAUGAUGGCAAUGGCUCUUGGAGGAAGGUGGGGCCGGUCAGAAAGCGAGGAGGCUGAGCCGCUGGAAGAUAGUGCUACUGAAUCUGAUGGGAGUGUUGAUGAAGCCACGGAGACUGAAGUCGUUGAGCCAUCGGAAGUGAGAGCAGAGAAUGAUCCUUGGACGGAUUGAUAGCUUGUUAAUUUACUUUUACAUGUGGUUUCUUCAUUGUUUUUGGUGGUUGUUUUGCUAAAGUGAAGGGAAAUGUUGCAUGCAAACGGAGAGGGAAAAACUUGUAGGCAGUGAAAAGAUUAUUGAACUUCUGUUUUGGCUGUUAUUGAUGUUGAAUCUGUUGUUGAUAAUCUAAUCGCAAUAAUUCCGGAGUUUAAACAGUUUAUUAAA